GGGAAGUCUCCCAGGCGAUUUCCCUAAUUAUCUAAAAAAUUUUAAAACCUGUUUUUUCCCUUUAGAAUUUAGUAGAGGUUAAGGGGAAACAGCAGUGUUGCCUUAGAUUCUCCAGUGGUUUGGAYGCAAUAUUAGUCCUGAGGGACUCACUCCAAGGUUUCUGUGCAAGGCGUCUCAAGACAUUUCUUCUGGCAACCAGGACAUUGCUAGAACAGAGUAGGAGAAAUGGGACACUCUGCAAAGGGUUUACUAAAAAAGAAAAAAAAGGAGGGGGAUAUAGUCUGCCUAUCUCUUUAGGACAAUUCCGUGGGAAAACUAAUCCGGGCGAAAGCCGKGCUCCUGCCUCUGGUCAGGGCCUCUGGAGCAGAAGGAGUCCAGGCAUCACAACCGAGUAAGGACUGGGGCUCCGAGCUCUCUCCUGGCUCUCACCUCGCACAUAAUUCCGCCAGGCUCCCAGAGGGGCGGUUGAAGCUACAGCCCAGCGCGCCGCGUAACCAAUAGGAAGCCAGAUAUCCCCGUCUGUCUCCAAUCUCGUCCAAUCGGCUUCCGGAACUUUAGCUUGUUGGCCAGCGCCUCCGUUGUCCGGGAAGGUAGGCAAGCCCCCUAGAGUUGCCAGUAACGGACAUGGCUGCGACCCCUGGAGGAGGGGACGUGAAGUGAGGAGGGGGCUGGGAGGGGAGAGGGGACUGGACGCGGGCGAGGAAGACGGGCCCUCGGGCCCCGCUCUUUUAUGGGUCAGUUCUCCUGUGCUUCUGAUUGGCUCCUCUUACCGAAGUUAUCUGCAGGCCCCAGAAAUAACUGCCCUCGUCAGCAGAUGCUGUGACUGGGGCAGACGCGCUGGGGUUUGUCCAUGCUGGGGAGGAGUCUUCCUUCCGGGUGUGACUGCCUUCAUCUGGGCAUGCCUGCAGUACCCUGGGCCCAUGGACCUGAAGGAGAAGCAUUUGGUGGGCCCUGCUCUGUUGCCAUGUGGCUGUUGUUGGGGUGCCUCUGUUGGCCUCCCCACCUGGGUUUGCUGGGAGGUUCUCAUCUGGGGGCUUUACACUGAAAGUAAGAGAAGGAGUGUGGCUCUGAGGCUUGAGAGACAUGACCAUGACCCCUCUGAGAUGCUUGGCUGUGAAGGAUGAAGAAUGAAGGGCAGACCAGUUAACACAACUGUGCAGAGGUGGGGCUUCUGAUUUGGGUUGGCCCCCGGCCAGUUUUCCACUUCUUGCCCAGAGGGCGAGCCCCCCGUGGCCCUGGGCCUGUCCACCUGGAAGGCCCUCAGUGUCCUGAAGGAGCAGCUGGAGGCUGUGCUGGAAGGACACCUCAAAGAGCAGAAGAAGUAUCUAACCUGGAAGGAGGCCUGGAGAAGCAGCUUCCUGCACCACAGUAACCGCUGCUCCUGUUUCCACUGGCCGGGUGCCUCACUUAUGCUGCUGGCUGUGCUGCUGCUGCUGGGCUGCUAUGGGGGCCAGCCGGCUGGGAGCCAAGGGGUGGAGCUGGUGAAUGCCUCUGCGCUAUUCCUGCUGCUGCUUCUCAACCUGAUUCUCAUUGGGCGGCAAGAUCGGCUGAAGCGCAGGGAGGUGGAGCGCAGGCUUCGGGGAAUCAUCGACCAAAUUCAAGAUGCCCUCAGGGAUAGCAAGGAAAUCAAGUGGCCAAAUGCCCUGUAUCCAGACCUCCACAUGCCCUUUGCCCCAUCCUGGUCUCUGCACUGGGCCUACAGAGAUGGACACCUCGUCAACCUGCCUGUUAGCCUGUUGGUGGAAGGUGACAUCAUAGCCCUGAGGCCUGGCCAAGAAUCCUUCGCCUCUCUGAGGGGUAUCAAGGAUGAUGAGCACAUUGUCCUGGAGCCCGGAGACCUGUUCCCUCCCUUCUCUCCCCCGCCCUCACCCCGGGGAGAAGUGAAGAAAGGGCCUCAGAACCCCCAGCAGCACCGGCUCUUCCGUGUCCUGGAGACCCCUGUGAUUGACAACAUCAGGUGGUGCCUGGACAUGGCCCUGUCCCGCCCAGUCACUGCACUGGACAACGAGAGGUUCACAGUGCAGUCAGCAAUGCUGCAUUAUGCUGUCCCCGUGGUCCUGGCUGGCUUUCUCAUCACCAAUGCCCUGCGCUGCAUGUUCAGUGCCCCUGGGGUCACCUCCUGGCAGUACACUCUCCUCCAGCUCCAGGUGAAUGGCAUGCUGCCCAUACUCCCUCUGCUUUUCCCAGUCCUCUGGGUCCUGGCGACUGCCUGUGGUGAAGCCCGCGUCUUGGCCCAGAUGAGCAAGGCCUCGCCCAGCUCCCUGCUGGCCAAGUUCUCAGAGGACACUCUCAGCAGCUAUACAGAAGCCGUCUCCUCGCAGGAGAUGCUGCGCUGCAUUUGGGGCCAUUUCCUGAGGGUGAUUCAAGGGACAUCGCCAACACUGAGCCACAGUGCCAGCCUGCUGCAUAGCCUGGGCUCUGUCACGGUUCUAUGCUGUGUAGACAAACAGGGGAUCCUGUCAUGGCCAAAUCCUAGCCCAGAGACUGUGCUCUUCUUCAGUGGGAAGGUCGAGCCUCCUCAUAGCAGCCAUGAGGAUCUUACAGAUGACCUGUCCACCCGCUCCUUCUGCCAUCCUGAGGUAGAGGAAGAGCCCCACGAACGAGAUGCCCUCCUGACUGGCUCCCUGAGCAACACCCUGCACCUUUCCAAUGAGCAGGAGCGCGGCGACUGGCCUGGUGAUGGUCCCAAGCCCCCCGAGGCCUACUCUUACCACAAAGCACACGGCCGCAGCAAACACCCAUCUGGCUCCAAUGUGAGCUUCAGCAGGGACACUGAGGGCGGCGAGGAAGGUCCUGGAAAGGGCCACCCUGGCACAGAGGCCGAGCCCUAUGAAGCAGAGGACUUCGUGUGUGACUACCACUUAGAGAUGCUGAGCCUGUCCCAGGACCAGCAGAACCCCUCCUGCAUCCAGUUUGAUGACUCCAACUGGCAGCUCCACCUUACUUCUCUCAAGCCCCUGGGCCUCAACGUGCUGCUGAACCUGUGUAAUGCCAGUGUCACUGAGCGCCUGUGUCGCUUCUCGGACCACCUGUGUCACGUUGCCCUGCAGGAGAGCCACCGCACUGUGUUGCCUGUGCAUGUGCCCUGGGGCCUCUGCGAGCUGGCCCGCCUCAUCGGCUUCACUCCAGGGGCCAAGGAACUCUUCAAGCAGGAAAACCACCUGGCGCUCUACCGCCUCCCCAGCGCUGAGACUGUGAAGGAGACCUUGCUGGGGCGGCCAUCCUGUGUCACCAAGCGGCGCCCCCCACUCAGCCACAUGAUCAGCCUCUUCAUCAAGGACACUGCCACCAGCACAGAGCAGAUGCUAUCCCAUGGUACUGCUGAUGUGGUCUUGGAAGCCUGCACAGACUUCUGGGAUGGAGCUGACAUCUACCCGCUUUCAGGAUCUGACAGAAAGAAAGUGCUGGAUUUCUACCAGCGAGCCUGCCUGUCUGGUUAUUGCUCUGCCUUUGCCUACAAGCCCAUGAACUGUGCCCUGUCCUCUCAGCUCAAUGGCAAGUGCAUUGAGCUGGUGCAGGUGCCUGGCCAGAGCAGCAUCUUCACCAUGUGCGAGCUGCCCAGCACCAUCCCUAUCAAGCAGAACACCCGCCGCAACAGCUGGAGCUCCGAUGAAGGGAUCGGGGAGGUGCUGGAGAAGGAAGACUGCAUGCAGGCCCUGAGCGGCCAGAUCUUCAUGGGCAUGGUGUCCUCCCAGUACCAGGCCCGACUKGACAUCGUGCGCCUCAUCGAUGGGCUGGUCAAUGCCUGCAUCCGCUUCGUCUACUUCUCUUUGGAGGAUGAGCUCAAAAGCAAGGUGUUUGCAGAAAAGAUGGGCCUGGAGACAGGCUGGAACUGCCACAUCUCCCUCACACCCAAUGGUGACAUGCCUGGCUCCGAGAUCCCUCCCUCUAGCCCCAGCCAUGCAGGCUCCCUGCAUGAUGACCUGAAUCAGGUGUCCCGAGAUGAUGUGGAAGGGCUCCUCCUCAUGGAAGAGGAGGGUCACUCUGACCUCAUCAGCUUCCAGCCUACRGACAGUGACAUCCCCAGCUUCCUGGAGGACUGCAACCGGGCCAAGCUGCCCCGGGGCAUCCACCAGGUGCGGCCCCACCUGCAGAACAUUGACAAUGUGCCCUUGCUGGUGCCCCUCUUCACUGACUGUACCCCUGAGACCAUGUGUGAGAUGAUAAAGAUCAUGCAGGAGUAUGGGGAGGUGACCUGCUGCCUGGGCAGCUCCGCCAACCUGAGGAACAGCUGCCUCUUCCUCCAAAGUGAUGUCAGCAUUGCCCUGGAUCCCCUGUACCCGUCCCGCUGUUCCUGGGAGACCUUUGGCUACGCCACCAGCACCAGCAUGGCUCAGGCUUCCGAUGGCCUUUCUCCCCUGCAGCUGUCAGGGCAGCUCAAUAGCCUGCCCUGUUCCCUGACCUUUCGCCAGGAGGAAACCAUCAGCAUCAUCAGGCUUAUCGAGCAGGCUCGGCAUGCCGCCUACGGCAUCCGUAAAUGCUUCCUCUUCCUGCUACAGUGCCAGCUGACCCUCGUGGUUAUCCAGUUCCUUUCAUGCCUGGUCCAGCUGCCACCACUUCUGAGUACCACAGACAUCCUGUGGCUGUCCUGCUUUUGCUACCCUCUGCUCAGCAUCUCUCUGCUGGGGAAGCCACCCCAUAGCUCCAUCAUGUCAAUGGCUACAGGGAAAAACCUUCAUUCCAUUCCUAAGAAGACCCAGCACUACUUCCUGCUCUGCUUCUUACUCAAGUUCAGCCUCACCAUCAGCUCGUGUCUCAUCUGCUUUGGCUUCACGCUGCAGAGCUUCUGUGACAGUGCCCAGGCCCGCAACCUCACCAACUGCUCCUCUAUCAUGCUGCGCAGUAACGAUGAAAGGGCUCCAGCCUGGUUUGAGGACUUUGCCAACGGACUACUGUCAGCUCAGAAGCUCACAGCUGCUCUAAUUGUCCUGCACACUGUCUUCAUCUCCAUCACCCAUGUGCAUCGCACCAAGCCUCUGUGGAGAAAGAGCCCUUUGACAAACCUUUGGUGGGCCAUGACGGUGCCUGUGGUGCUGCUGGGUCAGGUGGUGCAGACAGCUGUGGACCUGCAGCUGUGGACACAUACGGAUAGCCGCAUCCACUUUGGUCUGGAGGAUGUACCCCUGCUGACAUGGCUCCUGGGCUGCCUGUCCCUAGUCCUUGUGGUGGUCACCAAUGAGAUUGUAAAGCUGCACGAGAUUCGGGUCCGCGUCCGCUACCAGAAGCGACAGAAGCUACAGUUUGAAACCAAGCUGGGCAUGAAUUCUCCCUUCUGAGCCAUUGGCCAUAGCAGCCACCAUUGCCCUGGUCCCUGGGGCAAAAGCCAGCMCAUUCCUGAGUCUGAGGAAUUGGUAUUAUUAAUAUUUCAGGGUUUGCUCUUGUGCCCUGUGGCAUCGGAGGUCGAGCUCUGGUCCUUGGAGACACUGGCUUAAUGAGGAGAAGUUAAGGAGUUGUGGCCUUGACCAGACAGGACUAUCCUAGCUCUUCCCUGGCCUUGCCAGGGGCACUCUUGAAUGUAUGACCUCAGGCGCUGGGUAGAGGGACCGUCAGUCCCACCUGGUGGGAUGCCCUGCUUCAGGGUCCCCUGUCCCAGUGCCCUCUGCUCUUGCACUUAUGGCUCAGCUUCAAAGCCAUGGGCAAGGGCCUUAGCCUUUUUUGGAAGAGCAAUGGCUGCUGCCUUUUGGCAAUGCCUCGUCCUCCUUGACCCCCCACAUCUUGUCUUCCUGGGGUAAGGCCUGGGUGUGGCCCUGAGGGCUUCUCCUCUAGAGGGGAGUCUCAGGCUUGGGCCUGAAGAUGCAGAAGGGCCCCCACCUUGCCUGGAGCCUCUUUCUGUGCUUGCACUCAAAUGCCUGUAAGUCAGUUUUGGGGGAKAUGGCCCAGGUCUCUGUAGCCCCGCCCUUGUUCUCCUGGGAGAUGUUUUUACUGGUGUAUAUUUUUUACUGGAAAUGAACCUUUUAGGAAUGAAUGUAGGCUGGUUUAUAUUAAAACUUGUAAAU